AUGACUAAUAAAUAUAGUGUAGAAUAUGAUUAUAAUAGUGAUAUUAUCAAAAAUUCUAUCAAGUGUAGGCCAAAAGGUCAUCUUACUAAAUCAGAUUCAAAAAGAAUUAAGAGUAUUAUAGAAGACUCUAAUACUAAGACUCAAUACAAGUGCAAG